AGUUGGCACAGAAAAGAUCAACAAUUUCUAACCUCAAAUAUCUGUGGGAUUCACAAUUUAAAAUUUUACAAUAAUUAAUUUCGUAUCCGGCAUUAAGGAAAUAUUUGCUAAGCAAUGUAGGCUUCGCUCCACCGGAGUUGCGUAAUCAGAAAAAUUCCCUAAUCCGUUUCCAACAUUAUGAAAUCCUGUGAGAUAACGUGAUUUGAAGAGUCCACUACCAGAGACAACCUGGUUGGAUCUGCCACUUCUAAAAUCAUGUCGAAAAUGCUGAGAAAUUGCUUAGAAUUUUAUCGUAAGUCAAAUAUAAUACGACAAUAUAGACAACAUGCAUUUGGUAAAUAUCUUUUAUUCACCAAUAUCAUCAGUUCUGGAGUGCCAAUGUUUUUUGGCGAUUUGAUACAGCAGGAAAUUGAGUAUCAGCACAACAAAUUAGCUGAAAGAUACGACUAUAAAAGAUUAGGUAGAAUGUUAUUAAUUGGACUGGCGGUAGGACCUGUACAUCACUAUUUUUAUGUGAACCUCAAUAGGUAUCUACCGGGAAAAAGUAUGAAAAAUAUUUUUAAGAAAAUAAUGACAGAUCAAUUACUAAUGGGACCAGCAUGUAUCAUGAUAUUUUUCACUGGCUUAGGACUCUUGGAGGGAAAAUCACUCAGUAAUAUUAAUGAUGAAAUCAAAUCAAAAUUUUUGAUAGUUUACAAGAUGGAUUGGGUAGUUUGGCCUCCAACACAAUUCCUCAAUUUUUAUUUCGUACCUGUGAAAUAUCAAGUAAUAUACAUAAAUUUCGUGACAGUUCUGUAUGAUAUUUUUUUAUCAUAUGUUAAGCACAACAAUAAAAUUAAAGAGAAAAUACUUUAAGCUAGAUGUCCAAACACUGUGGAAAGCUUUUUACUGUGAUUAUAAGUUAAUUUUGAACCUUUAUUCUUGUUAUUACAUAUUUACUUUCAAAUUAAUAUAUUCACAUUUAAAAUAAAAUGAACUACAUGAAUGUAUA